CCCUUCAGCUCUCCACACUCCACCUCACCACCAUCAUCUUCUUCACAUUCACAAUUACAGUCUCAUUUUCUCUCUCUCUACAAUGGCUGUUGAUUCUGCACUAUCGUCUCCGCUAGGACCUCCGGCGUGUGAGAAGGACGCGAAGGCGCUUCGACUCAUCGAAGAGAUGACUCGAAAUGCGGACCAAAUUCAAGAGAAGGUUUUGGCCGAGAUACUGAGUCGGAACGCCGAAACUGAGUACCUCCAACGAUUCAAUCUCUCCGGAGCAACCGAUCGAAACACGUUCAAAUCCGAAAUUCCGGUGAUUACUUACGAAGAUCUUCAGCCUGAGAUUCAGCGCAUUGCGAAUGGUGAUCGUUCUAAGAUCUUGUCUGCUCAUCCCAUCUCCGAAUUUCUCACUAGCUCUGGGACUUCAGCUGGUGAAAGGAAAUUGAUGCCCACGAUUCAGGAAGAGCUGGACCGUCGUCAAUUGCUAUACAGUCUUCUCAUGCCUGUCAUGAACCUAUAUGUUCCCGGUAUGGACAAGGGCAAGGGGCUUUAUUUCUUGUUUGUGAAGUCCGAAACAAAGACACCGGGUGGGCUUUUGGCCCGGCCAGUUCUUACAAGUUACUACAAAAGUGACCACUUCAAAACCCGACCCUACGACCCAUACAAUGUCUACACGAGCCCCAAUGAAGCGAUCCUCUGCCCCGACUCGUUCCACAGCAUGUACACCCAGAUGCUAUGCGGCCUCAUAGAGCACAAACAAGUCCUCCGGGUCGGAGCGGUGUUCGCCUCCGGCCUCCUCCGAGCCAUCCGGUUCCUCCAACUCAAUUGGGCACAACUCACCCACGAUAUCCGAACCGGAACACUAAAUCCGAAAAUCACCAACCCAUCAAUCCAAGCCUGCAUGACCCGGAUAUUAAAUCCCGACCCGAAUCUCGCAGAUUUCAUUGCAGCAGAGUGUUCAAAGGACAAUUGGGAAGGGAUUAUCACUAGAAUUUGGCCCAACACAAAGUACUUGGAUGUGAUAGUAACCGGGGCAAUGGCCCAAUAUAUUCCGACCCUGAACCAUUACAGUGGCGGGUUGCCCCUAGCCUGCACCAUGUACGCUUCGUCGGAGUGUUAUUUCGGACUCAAUCUCAACCCGAUGUGUAAACCCUCCGAAGUCUCUUACACCAUCAUGCCAAACAUGGCAUACUUCGAAUUCCUGCCCCACGAGCCCAACUCCAUCGGGCCAACUCGACCCGAACUCGUCGACCUCGCCAACGUGGAAGUCGGAAAAGAGUACGAGCUCGUGAUCACUACUUACGCCGGGUUGUACCGGUACCGAGUCGGCGACAUCCUCCUAGUCACCGGGUUCCACAACUCAGCUCCACAAUUCCACUUUGUUCGGAGAAAGAACGUGUUACUCAGUAUUGACUCGGACAAGACAGACGAGUCCGAGUUACAGAGAGCGGUCGAGAACGCUUCGCAACUCGUCUUGAGCGAGUUCAACGCGAGCGUGGUGGAGUACACGAGUUACGCGGACACGAGGACGAUUCCGGGUCACUACGUCAUUUAUUGGGAACUGUUAUUGAAGGACUACUCGGGUGAGUCACUGAGUGACGAGGUGAUGAGUCGGUGCUGUUUAGCGAUGGAGGAAUCGCUUAACUCGGUGUAUCGACAAGGCCGAGUCGCGGAUAACUCAAUUGGGCCUCUGGAGAUUCGUGUGGUGAAGAGUGGCACGUUUGAGGAGCUCAUGGAUUAUUCGAUCUCGAGAGGCGCCUCUAUUAAUCAGUAUAAGGUGCCGAGGUGUGUUAGCUUUACUCCGAUCAUGGAGCUUCUAGAUUCCAGAGUGGUAUCGGCGCAUUUUAGCAAAUCCUUUCCUCGUUGGACUCCAGAACGACGUCGUUAGUCAUGAGAUUAAUUGUUCAACUUCCAAGUUAAUAACAUUUUUAGUUUUUGUUUUUUGUUUUUGGGGUCUAGAAAGGUUUUGUAAGGUUCAUCAAUUAACAUGUAAAAAUGAUGUAACAUUUCAGUGUUAUUAACUAAUCAAGUUUGUUUUGUUCAAUGAUGAUUUGCUAAUUUGUUACA